AUGAGCUCAAACAGCCACAACGCCACUCGCCCCGAGGGCGUGAACGGACGCGUCGUCGUGCCCACCGGCGGCUCUCGAAGGGAAAAUUCCGGGAGCGGCAGCCGAAACGCGGCGGGCCAGGCUGCCGCGGUCCUGCCCUGCGACGAAGAAACGAAGGCUGCGUUCGCGAAAGACUGGAAAGACCUCGAACAAGAAAACCUCUCCUCCGCGGACUACUACUUCAACUCGUACGCACACUUUGGAAUCCACGAGGAAAUGAUCAAAGACUCCGUGCGAACAGGGUGCUACCAGCGCGCGAUUUGCCAGAACGCGCACCUGUUUGCGAACAAAGUCGUGCUGGACGUGGGGAGCGGCACGGGGAUCCUGAGCUUGUUUGCGGCGCGGGCAGGGGCCAAGCACGUGUACGGGAUUGAGUGCAGCGAGAUCGUGAACAUUGCGAGGAAGAUUGUGAAGGAGAACCACAUGGAAGACAGAAUCACCUUCGUCCAAGGCAAGGCGGAGGAGGUAUCGCUCCCGGUCGACAAAGUCGACAUCAUCAUCAGCGAGUGGAUGGGAUACUUCCUCCUCUACGAAAGCAUGCUCGACACCGUCCUCUUCUGCCGAGACAAAUGGCUGAAACCCGGCGGCAUGAUCUUCCCGGACAAAGCCGCCCUCUACGUCGCAGCCAUCGAAGAUGCAGACUACAAGGAGGAGAAAAUCGGGUACUGGGGUAACGUGUACGGCUUCAACUUCUCCUGUGUUCGGCGCUGCGUGAUGGAGGAGCCGAUCGUCGACACCGUGGACGAGAAUGCCGUUGCGACGACUUCCUGCUGCGUCUUGAAACUGGACCUGGCUACAUGCACCAAGGAGGAUCUCGACUUCUGCGCUCCUUACCAAAUCGCGUUGAGGAGAAAAGACUUUCUUCACGCCCUCAUUGCGUGGUUUGACGUUUGGUUCUCUCAGUGCCACAAGCCGGUCGUUCUGAGCACCGGCCCGCACUGUAGAUACACCCACUGGAAGCAGACUGUGUUCUACAUGGAGGAUGUUCUUGUUGCUGACGUCGGCGACAAAGUCGAAGGCAUGAUUGCCGUCAAGAAGAGUAAGAAGAACCCGCGGGAUCUGGACAUCAAGAUUUCCUACUCCUUCAAGCCUCCGCAAGAACCCGUUGCAAUCGAAAACACGCAGUUCUACAGACUCCGGUGA